UUAAGAAAUGAAAAAUAAAACCCUAAAUAAACCCCAAGCUCAUUUCUCCAUCUCUAUUACUGCAUGUUCUUCUUCAGGCAUUCUAAUCCCCAAAACCUGGUUUUUUUUGGGCAAAUAAACACAUUAAAGAGAAAAAUCAGAGGGCAAAAUAUAGGCCAGUUCAGGUGAGGUAUUCUUCAGCCAAGCAAAAGAAAGACUUCCAAAAACAAAUCGUAUCUUCAUUUUAUCAUAGAAACCAAAAUCACAAUGAGGAAACCAAAAUCAAAGUCCAGAGAGAAGAGAAAGCAACGAAGAAAUUUAGAACAAGAAGAAAUCGCAUUACUAAACGACUGGAUAGAGUCUCAAAAACCCGAUUCCGGUUCAAACCCGCUAUCUCUACCAGAAAAUUCACCAAUUGGCCGUCUUCCAGACGGGACCUUUUCGCGGUACGCUGGGUGUACUAAGUUUAAAGAAUUGCCACUAUCUAAAAGAACCAAAGAUGGAUUAACGAAAGCUGGUUAUAUUACUAUGACCGAGAUACAAAGAGCUUCUUUGCCUCAUUCGCUUUGUGGGAGAGAUAUUCUUGGUGCUGCCAAAACUGGGUCUGGCAAGACUCUUGCUUUUGUUAUUCCUGUCCUGGAAAAGUUGCAUAGAGAAAGAUGGGGGCCUCAAGACGGGGUAGGCAGCAUUAUAAUAUCCCCAACAAGGGAACUGGCAGGUCAGCUUUUUGAUGUGUUGAGAAAUGUCGGGAAGUUCCAUAACUUCAGUGCUGGCCUUCUAAUUGGUGGUCGUAAGGAUAUUGACACUGAGAAGGAGAGUGUUAAUGAGCUGAACAUUUUGGUUUGCACUCCUGGUAGGCUUCUUCAGCACAUGGAUGAAACUCCAAAUUUUGAUUGUUCACAACUUCAGGUUUUAGUACUUGACGAGGCAGAUCGUAUUCUCGAUGUCGGCUUUAAGAAGACUUUGAAUGCGAUUAUUUCACAGAUACCCAAGUAUAGACAAACCUUGCUUUUUUCUGCAACUCAGACAAAAUCUGUUCAGGAUCUUGCAAGACUCAGUUUAAAGGACCCAGAGUAUGUUGGUGUGCAUGAGAAGUCUGACACAGCAACUCCCAAUCGCUUGCAGCAAACUGCAAUGGUAGUUCCUCUUGAGCAAAAGCUGGACAUGCUGUGGAGUUUUAUCAAGGCACAUCUUAAUUCAAAUAUUCUUGUGUUUUUGUCGAGCUGCAAACAGGUGAAAUUUGUGUAUGAAGCAUUUAAGAAAUUGCAUCCUGGAAUUCCACUAAAGUGUCUUCAUGGAAGAAUGAAGCAGGGGAAAAGGAUGGUGAUCUAUUCCCAGUUCUGUGAGCAGCGUUCUGUUCUCUUCUCAACCGACGUUGCCGCAAGAGGUCUUGAUUUUAAUAAGGCAGUUGAUUGGGUAGUCCAGGUUGAUUGUCCAGAAGAUGUUGCAUCCUACAUACACAGAGUUGGUCGCACUGCUCGCUAUCAAUCUGGAGGGAGAUCAGUUUUGUUUCUUCUGCCUUCAGAAAUGAAAAUGCUUGAGAGGUUACAAGAAGCAAAAGUACCGAUACAAUUUAUAAAGGCAAACGCAAAAAGACUGCAACCAGUUUCUGGGUUGUUGUCAGCUUUAUUGGUAAAAAACGAAGAUCUGCAGAAGCUGGCUAUAAGGGCCUUUAUAACAUAUUUGCGGUCAAUAUAUAUUCAAAAAGAUAAAGAGGUGUUUGAUGUGAUGAAGCUAUCUAUUGAUGAAUAUUCUGCGUCGUUGGGUCUACCAAUGACGCCCAAAAUCCGUUUUCUGAACCAGAAAAUGAAGGGAAAGAAGAUUUCAGGAAAUUCUUCUCUUCUUGAAUCAGAUAAUUCUGACAAGGAUGAUGCUGAGCUGGCAGUUGGCAGAUUUAGGGGAGAAAUUUUGGGAGGACAAAGAGAGAAGCUAGAUAUUGGUGAUUCUGGAGAAGAAAACGUGGAUAAAGGUUUUCUGCUAUCAAAGGAUACUGAACCUGAAGGCGAAGCAAACCUGAGUGAACUUAUGCCUGCAACACGAGUUUUAAAGAAAAAAAAGUUGAAGAUCAAUAUCCAUAGACCAGUGGGAACAAGGGUUGUCUUUGAUGAGGAAGGCAAUACGCUUCCUCCACUUGCAAGAGUGGCUGAUGCCAAGAAUAGUGAUAAUUCAUGUCUUCUUGAUCAAGGCCAAAGAGAAGAACAUUAUAAGAAGGCAAGGGAAGCGUUGAUGCUGGCUGACAAGGAAGAUAAGCUUCUGGAUCGCCAACGUCGGAGGGAGAAACGAACCAAGGAGAAGAUGAAGCGGAAGAAACAAAUUGCGGAAGAAGAGGAAGAUAUAGAUGAUGAUAUUUCUGGAUCGGAAGAAGAGAGAGCAGGUGACCGGAAAAGUAAAAGGUCUAAGAUCUAUUUUAAUGGUGACAGUGAUGAUGGGGAGACAAAAGAGAGAGGAGAUAAUGUAGUGAAUACAAAUUCCAUAUCUCUAGCAGAACAAGAAGCUCUGGCUCUCAAAUUGUUGAGUUCCAUGCACUAGGCCAUAGAUUUAAAAGUUCUUUCUUCUGGUGCUUUUUUUUUAAACGUUUUCCUGGUAACAUUCUUUUUACAAUCAGAAUCAGUUUUUUUUUUUUUUUUUUCUUUUUCUUCCAUAUCACCAUGCUGCACCAUGGGGCUGUAAUUUUUGGUUUAGCAUCAAUACCAGUGUUCUUUUGGUCUACAUUAUUGUGUGACUGAUCUUUAAUGAAAAAGAACAUGCUAUUCAUAAAUAUACACAAGGUGUUUAUAUACCCAAAGAAAAUAGUUCUUUUUUCCCUGCCAUGUUGAUGGAUUUAUCUUUGUUUAAGGCAUUAAUGCCUGAUCACAUUCCUUAUUUUCAUAACCAGACAAGAUAUUUUCUAUGGUUCUUCCAUUUUAGGACUUAGCCAAAAACAUCCUUCUCACCAUGUCCCUACCAGCCAUAGCUGAAUGGAGAUAUGUGUCACGCCCCGCCUCGCAGCUAGCAAGGGAAGGCUGCACAACACGGCCGUGUUGGAUUUCAACACUGCCCGUGUUGACCAGCACGCCCAAGGACACGCCCGUGUUGGUUGAAUACAAAUGCGAAGGACCUAGAAGCUUCGGGAAACACGGCCACAGUAGGUAACACGACCAAUUACCCAAAACCGUGUUCCCAACACGGCCUUGGGCACGGCCGUGUUCCCAACACGUCCUGGAACACGGCCAUGUUGGCGGACAGGGGGAAAAAAGCUAUAAAUACCCCUUCCUUGUACCAUUU